UUAGCUCUCUCUCUCUCUCUAAUUGGGUUCACCCAAACACUUCAAAUUGCCACUAUACAUGGCCACCAAGCCAGCCGAGGCCUUCACAAUGGAGCUGCAGCCGUUCGACGCCGCCACGGCCGCGUCCGAGAGGGCCAAAUGGCUGCUUAGCUCUCCCUCCCCGCCCGCCCCGUGGAGGCAGGUCUACACCUCCGUCAGGGAGUCUGUGCUGCCCGGAUCAAAAUCCGGGCAGCAGCCUCGUCGGAGCAAGCUUCUAGUUUUUCUAGAAGGUUUGUUUCCGAUUCUUAAAUGGGGUAGAAACUAUAAGGCUACAAAGUUCAAGAAUGAUCUCCUUGCCGGGUUGACUCUCGCCAGCCUCUGCAUCCCACAGAGUAUUGGAUAUGCUAAUCUAGCCAAGCUUGACCCUCAGUAUGGACUAUUGGUUUCCACUAAACUUCGUCCUCGGCUGUUCGUUUCUGAUCUUCAUCCUAGCCACCCGUUUCAUCUGCAGGGAAGAAGAUACAAGAAGUUUUUCUGGUUACCGGCGGUGGCGCCGCUCUUCUCCGUCGUGCUCUCCACCUUCAUCGUCUACUUAACGAAGGCCGAUAAACACGGCGUCAAGAUCGUCAAACAUCUGAAAGGCGGCCUCAAUCCCAUAUCGGUCCAUCAGCUCGAUUUCGGAGCUCAACAUGUUGGAGAAGCAGCUAAAAUUGGAUUGAUUUGUGCACUUAUAGCUCUCACUGAAGCUAUUGCUGUUGGGAGAUCAUUUGCUUCGAUUAAAGGGUAUCAUUUGGAUGGGAACAAAGAGAUGGUUGCUAUGGGAUGCAUGAACAUUGUUGGAUCUUUCACUUCUUGUUACACUGCAACUGGUUCGUUUUCUCGAACUGCGGUGAACUUCAGUGCAGGGUGCGAGACCGUGGUAUCAAACAUUGUGAUGUCAAUUACAGUGUUGAUAUCGUUGUUGUUAUUCACAAAACUAUUAUACUACACUCCACUUGCUAUUUUGGCAUCCAUAAUCUUGUCCGCGUUGCCUGGACUUAUAGACAUCAAUGGAGCUUACAACAUAUGGAAAGUGGACAAGUUGGAUUUCCUCGUUUCUCUCGGCGCCUUCUUUGGCGUCUUGUUCGGCUCCAUCGAGAUCGGCCUCCUCAUCGCGGUGGGAAUUUCAUUUGGGAAGAUAAUUUUGUUGUCGAUUAAACCUAGUACAGAAGAACUAGGUAGAUUACCAGGAACAGAUAUUUUCUGCAGCAUUAAUCAAUUUCCUGUUGCCACCAAAAUACCAGGCAUCAUCAUCAUCCAAAUUAAUUCUGGAACAUUGUGCUUUGCAAAUGCUAAUUUCAUUCGAGAAAGGAUUUUGAAGUGGCUGUCUGAUGAAAAUGAGAUCAAAGAAAAUAAAGCAGGAGUUCGUGUCAUGAUACUCGACAUGACCAAUGUGAUGAACAUCGAUACCACCGGAAUUCAUGCUAUGGAGGAACUGCACAAGAAACUGAUUUCUCGAGGGAUAGAGAAUGCUUUACAAUAA